CGGGAGAUUUAUAAGUCCGGACUGUGAGGUCUGCGCCAUAAGUGAUGCCUGGAAGAGCCGCAGACACAGCUAGAAGCAUGCAGGCCCGGGGCUCCGGGAUCACUGCAGGAGGAGGCGGCCGCCUGUCCGUCCUCCAGCGACACCUCACAGCAGUUCCUGUGUCAGGCCAGGUUGCCACAGCCACCUUUCGCUAUACCUUGGAUAAUAAUCUCCUGACCCCAGAGCAGAGACAGUUCUACGAGGAGAAUGGAUUCCUUGUUGUAAAAAACCUGGUAUCACACAAGGACAUAGAUGAAUUUAGGGAUGUCUUUGACAAAGUUUGCAGGAAAGAAUUGACAGCACCUGGACUGCUUGUAAUGCGAGAUAUGGUCGUUGCCAAGUCAGAAUAUGUUUCAGAUCAAAAAGCAAUUACAAAAGUUCAGUAUUUUCAGGAGCUUCCUGGACUAUUCCGAUACUGCGGUCUACCACAGAUUCUGCAGUACGUGGAGUGUUUCACUGGCCCCAACAUCAUGUCCAUGCACACCAUGCUGAUCAAUAAGCCUCCAGAUGCAGGUAAGAAGACUUCUCGGCAUCCACUCCACCAGGAUCUGCACUACUUAGCAUUCAGGCCUGCAGACCGCAUAGUUUGUGCUUGGACAGCCAUGGAGCACAUUGACCGAAACAAUGGAUGCCUUGUGGUUUUUCCAGGAACUCACACAGGAGAACUCCAACAACAUGAUUAUCCAGAGUGGGAGAUCAAUAAUAAGCUGUACCAUGGAGUUCGUGAUUAUGAUCCAAACAUCCCUGGAGUGCACUUAACCAUGGAAAAGGGAGACUCGGUGUUCUUUCACCCCAUCCUUAUCCAUGGAUCGGGAAUGAACAGGACAGCAGGUUUCAGAAAGGCUAUCUCCUGCCAUUAUGCCAGCUCAGAUUGCUACUAUAUAGAUGUCAAGGGAACAAGUCAGGAAAACAUUGAGACAGAGUUUGUUGAAGUAGUAAAGAAACAGCUUGCAAUGGAGUCAAUUAUGAUCUUAAAGGAUGUAUGGAUGUUAAAAGCACGAGUUGUACAAGGAGAGAGAAUCAACCUGUAACUGGUGUUCUGAUUUCCUUCUGCCACAGAGAACGCUUGUCCUUAAAAUGUCUCUAUCGUUCUCAUUCUCAUGUUCAAGAUCAGAAGUUAUUUCUUGUGUAAUUCAAAUGACAAGCACUCGGUGAAGGGAAAUAUGAUUUAAGUUUUAACUGCUGGUGGUGAUAUGGUGAACAGAUUUAAGGGCUAAAGAUCAGAUCCUCUGCUGAUCGACUGUUUGAAGCAUGCCUGUGAGCGCUACAGCCUUAAACGUCAAAUAAAACACUGGAGACGCUGGAUAACCAUAUGAUGCAGAGGAAUGUCACCCUGCCUCUGGUCUCCCUGUCCCAGCCUCAGAACAGAAGAAAAUACUUGGUACUCUGACAUAAAAUGUUGGUCUGGUGCUCAAUGAUAGGGAGAUUUACCACGUGCAAUAGUCAAAAUCACCAUGACACUCACUUGGCAAACAAGUGAUAUUUUAUUGGUCCAUCCAGCAAGUGCAGAAGCACUUUGGUCUACAAUACUUCACUAUUGGGAUGCUCCUUGUGUUUUUCCUUUUUGAGAGUGCGGUGCUUCCCAGCUGGGAACAGUGAUGGACUAUACCAGUGGUGAAAUCGUCGAGAGGGAUCUUCAAAAUCUCGGAGUGGAUGUGGUAACGGUCAUCUCCAUCGAACCAUUGUUUCUCCUGUAGAAGCAGCGCAAGUCUGGUACUGCACAUUAUUGAUGAUUUGAAGUUGACCUACUUUUGAUUGGACUUUUGCAGCGCUCACAUUUAGAGACUGAGGAAUUAGCUUUUUGUGUUUUACAAAACACUCACUAUCUAUACCCAUUAAAACGAUAAGUGACAAUUGCACUAACCACUAUUUGUUUUUAAUGUUUUAGCCAAUGUAGUAGGAACAUUUAAUGUUUUUGACCUAUUUGUCUGUGACCUAAUUAAAACUGAAU